AAAAAGCAGAACUCCGGUCGACGCUGUUUUGCUCUGUUCUUUUCUUUUUUGCUGAUUGUACUUUAAUAAAAGACACUUUGAGUAAAGAAUCUCAAAGAUUAUUUUUCCUCUCCUCCUCCUCCUGCUGCAAGGUUUCACUCUGAAGAAUGGAAGGUCUCCACAUUAACAGCAGCUCACAGGACCAAAGCUACGAUUACAGCAGCACCACCUUCAACUACCAGAAUAACAAUGAGCACUAUGAGUAUCUCAAAAAACUUCGUCUCAUCCAAUACGUAGUGACAUGCAUAGUCCUUGCUGUCGGCCUUCCUCUGACCCUGGUGGCCAUCUAUUCUCUUUAUUCUAUGGUGAGAAGAGAUCAUGUUGCUCCCAUCUACCUCAUCAACCUUCUCAUUACUGACCUGAUUCAGUUCUGCUGCAUGAUCGUUUGGGUGGCAUCAGAUGUGUAUGGAAAGAUAUUUCACAUCUUCUUAUUAAUUUACCUCACUUCUCUGUUUGCCAGUGUUUACUUCAUGGUCUGCAUCUCCCUGGAAAGGUAUUUGGUCAUCGCCCACCCACUGUGGUACCGCUGCAGACGAACCAUCAAGACCUCUGUGGUGGUCUGUGUCCUGGUCUGGGUCCUUUCUCUUGUCUGUGUUGUCCUUUUAUUUUUCUUUCCUGAUGUGGUCACACUUAUAGUAUCUGCCGUCCUCCCUCCUCCUUCCCUUCCCUCUGUUAAUCUUCUUCCUGGUUGGGACUCUCAAAGCCCUGUCUGCUUCCAUCUCGGUCCCCUCUGAUGAAAAACGACGAAUUGUGGGAAUUUUGGUUCUGUUGCUGCUUAUUUACACGCUGCCGUUCCUGCCUAUCAUACUUCAGUUUGUGAAUUUAAAACACCAUGAGAACCUCGCCAUCUUGUUUUUCAUCUUUGUUAGGUUGAAUCCUCUUGCAGACUUGUUCCUGUAUGUGUUCAUGAGGAAAGG